UGUUUUUCUGUGUCGGAGAACAGAACGGUGGAACCCGGCCGAACAAACAGACGUUUCCAUGGUUAAAAUAUUCGACGAACGGAAAAGAGACUCAUUCUUUCUGUAAUUGGGCACGUUGAUCUCCGUUUACCGUAAAUGUGCUUCAUAUGUUUCAUGUGGUCGAGUAUUGCUAGUGCUAGCUCACCGUAGCUAUGCUAAUCACUCAGGUUGUGGUCGUGUAUUAUGACAGCUCAGCGGGGGUCCUGUUAGUGUUGAUGUGACACCACAGAUUUUCUCACCAAGGUCUAUUGUAGUGCGUGUCAACUAGCACCUGUUGGUACUGUACCAAUGUAAAUGCCCUUCAUAAUAUCACAAUCCUUACAAGAAUACGCUGUUGUGAGAGGAACAGGUUCAACCACCUGGUGACAGCCCAUUAGGGUGUUGUGGUGUUUGAUAUUUGCAAGUGUAAAGUCCAAUUUGGAACUAUUUGUUUUUAUAGGUUGAUUCACUUCCUUAUAUCACAAUAUUAGACUGGACUGCCCCUUCAUGUUAUAUAGGCAGCCAGGAUGUGCUGCAAACCCAGCCCUCCUUUAUGCACUUGACAUACUGCUUUGACAACCAAAUUUGAGACACACUUUCGAAAUUCCGAGUUGUUUGGUCACUCAGUCCUCUUUCAUUGGGAAUCAUCUGGAUAGGUAUCAUCUGGCCAGGUCAUGCAUGCCGUCGGGCCUGUCGCCCGCUCUUCGUAGGCACUGACCGUUUGAGCAAGCCUGCUUCCCGUAGGCGGAAGGUGUCUGCCUCCUUCCCCUUCUAGCCUCGUGUUCCCCCCCCCCCCCCCGCCCCCCAUUCCAUCCCAGACACUGCCGCCCAGGCCCGGUGUUCCCUAUGCUAACCCUGCUGAGCAUGUUCUACUAUAUAUGUCUGCGCCGGCGCUCCAGGAGCGGCACGCGGGGCGAGGCGCUCAACAGCCGGCGGGCGGUGGAGUCGGGCCAGCGUACCGCACUGCCCGUCAGCCUGGAGGUGGAGCAGUACGCCAAGGAGGUGCUGGACUUCAGCUCGCACUACGGCAGCGAGAACAGCAUGUCGUACACCAUGUGGAACCUGGCCGGGGUGCCCAACGUGUACCCCAGCUCGGGGGACUUCACCCAGACGGCCGUGUUCCGGGCCUAUGGCACCUGGUGGGAGCAGUGCGCCAGCGCGCCGCCGCGCUUCCGACGCACGCCCCGCGGCUUUCACAGCCAGGACUACAUUGAGCUGGCCUUCGAGGAGCCGGUGUACCCCAUGGCCGUGGAGGUGCUGGAGACCUACUACCCGGGCGCCAUCGUGCAGAUCCAGGCCUGCAACCUGAACCCUUUCUCCCAGAACACUCCUGCCGAUGUCAGGUGGGAGGUGCUGUGGUCGGCGGAGCCCACCAAGGUUCUGACCCCACAGGCGCGCCAGUUCUCGCCGGCCAUCAGGCAGAUCAGCUUCCCCACCAACCUGCUGCGGCUGGAGAUCAACAGCUCCCUGCAGCAGUACUACACGGAGCUGGACGCCGUCAUCCUGCGGGGCCUGCGGGAGCGGCCCAUCCUGCCCCUCUACAAGAUGCCCGUCAUCGGCGUGGGCGACCUCAGCGACAGCGACGAGGAGCUGGCCGACAUGGCGGCCGCCUUCAGGCAUGGCGGCGACGACGAGGUCGACGACGGGAAACCGCCCAACGCGGGCAACGGCCACUUUGACCGACUCCCGUACGAGCUGAUCCAGCUGAUACUGAGCCACCUGACCCUACGGGACCUCUGCCGUCUGGCCCAGAGCUGUAAGCUGCUGCACCAGCACUGCUGCGACCCGCUCCAGUACACCCAGCUGAGCCUGCAGCCCUACUGGGCCCGUCUGAGUGACGCCUCGCUGGGCCACCUGCAGAGCCGCUGCUCCCUCCUCCAGCGCCUCAACCUCUCCUGGACGGGGAACCGUGGGGCCCUCACCCCAUCUGGCUUCACCAGCUUCAUGAAGGCGUGUGGCCCCAGCCUCGUGUCUCUGGAGCUGUCCUGCUGCCACUUCCUGACGGAGGCCUGCCUAGAGGUCAUCUCCCAGACCUGCCCGGGGCUGCAGGAGCUCAACCUGUCCUCGUGUGACCGGCUCCACCCCCAGGCCUUCACCCACAUCUCCAAGCUGACACGCCUACGUCGCCUGGUGCUAUACCGCACCAAGAUAGAGCAAACCGCCAUACUGAACAUCCUGACCUUCUGUACGGAGCUGAGACACCUCAACCUGGGCAGCUGUGUUAGGAUCGAGGACUACGACGUAGUGGCCAGCAUGCUGAGCAGCCGCUGCUACUCCCUGCGCUCGGUGGACCUGUGGCGCUGCCGCAACCUGACGGACCGCGGCCUGGCCGAGCUGGUCUCCGGCUGCAGGAUGCUGGAGGAGCUGGACCUGGGCUGGUGCCCCACGCUUCAGAGCAGCUCCGGAUGCUUCCAGCACCUGGCGCGCAAACUGCCCCGACUGCGCAAGCUCUUCCUCACCGCCAACCGCACCGUGUGUGACGCGGACCUGGAGGAGCUGGCCGGCAACUGCCCCUCGCUGCAGCACCUCGACAUCCUGGGCACCAGGAUGGUGAGUCCACAGGCCCUGAAGAAGCUGCUGCAGUCGUGUCCCAAGCUGCUGUUGCUGGACGUGUCCUUCUGCUCCCAGCUGGACAACCGCAUCGUCCAGGAGCUCUCGGCCCUCUUCCCUAAAGUCGCCAUCAAGAAGAGCUUCACCCAAUGACCCCUGGCUUCCCCUCUCGCGCUGCACACCGGCCAUGCAGAGACGGAGAAUGGGGCCGGUGACUGCUGGUUAGCCAGAUAGCGAACAAAGGAUUUAAUCAAGACGUCACAGGUCAUGUUAGAUAUUGGAGGAGAGGUUCGCUCAUGGCAGGGGUUCCGAGGCGUUAUCCGUGAUCAGCGGGUUAAGGGUGGAGGAGGCAGCUGAACUUAAACUGCUGUCAGACACCCCCCCCCCCCCCCCCCCCACCCUUUCAAAGUCAUAGAACUAUUGGUUUGGACGGAUUUGCGUUUUAAAUAAGGGGAAGGCUGACAAUCUGCUUGAUUUCACUUCUUUUUUUUGCCAAACGGAACAAGGAUGGAAGUGUUGCCUUGUUAACCACUAUCCGGUUUUAAUUUUAUUGGAAGCCUCCUGUGAAAACGCAGGCCAGACUCUGUGGGCCGUUGAUAAGCAGGUUGAUCAAUGUGACCAUGAUUAUAAUGAUAAAUGUGAGACUAUUUGUGCAUCCAUUAAGUAAUUGGGGGUUGUUACUACGCAUAACCUCUUAAAUUGCUUGCGAGUUCAGUUCAGUUAUAUACUAUGCAAGGAUUUUAGAAGUCCAGCAUAUCUUUUAUUUUGAAAUGUAUAUAUGCCCAUCAGUCUCUUCUCAAGGCAUCAGUGCCAUCUCUUGGAAAAUCAUUGAUCAACUAUAUUGGCCACUAGGGAUGGGCAAAACGAUUCUUUUCCGGGAAUCAGUUCAUUCAGUUCAGUUCACUUUAACGAUUCGUUCGUUUGAUUUGUUCGUUAAGUCAGAUUACGUCAUUUGACAGGGAAUCUCACAGUUGUCGUCAGACAGAGAAAGCGCGCAAAUUCGACGGUACAACCUUGUCAUUUGUUUACCCAGGUGCCAUGGCAACACCAUUGCUACCUCUAAUUGACUGAAUCUUUGAGAACGUUGUAGACUUAAUCAAUAUAAGAUUGCGGGGAGACGAAGCUCUGUUCGUUCGUAUAUUUUAUUUACGUGACCAUAUUUUUGUUUUAUGUUAAAAAAAAGAAUCAAAGAACCAGUUCUCUUGUAUUUGGGGAACCAGUUCUGGUCGUUCACCUUCGGGAUUCAUUCGUUGUGAACGAAUCGGUCGCGACCGACUCAUCCCUAUUGGCCACUGUCCUAUCAAACUAACUCAAGUCACUAUAUUGGAUUGAACCAACACACGGAUACCUACAUUUGUCAUUUUUUUUAUGUCAUGUAAUUAUACAGGCCCAGCCUCAUUCAACAUUUGGUUGUGCUUGGUUGAAAUGUAUUUCACCUGUCCGCCUGAAGAGCAGUGCAGGAGAAUAGGACUGGACCUAAGUCUUCAUAUGCCUGGGUUAUGUUCAAACCCUGCACAUCUGGUCCCAUGCCAUCAGCCGUGGGCCAUCCAAGCUUGCUUGUUGUUGUACUCAAGCCACAGGCUGCCCUCUUAUGCGGAAAUGGCCAACUGGUGACGGAAUGACGUACUGCAAAAAUGUGUAUAGUUCAGUGUGAGCUUCACACUCAAGUGUAAAUAUUCAACCUUUAUAAUUGUCCUGGUACUCAGGGUAAGCGUUUCAUUUGUAUUUAUUUUUUACACAGCCUACUUUUAGUUUUCAUCCGGGAACCAGCAGAACAGAGGCUGACCUUCUGUUGAUUUAGCUCAACAAAUUCCUCCAUGUUUCAAUUCUUAGUCCUAUCAGUGGUUAGCUCUGAUGUAGCUGAAAGAUGAAGGGUGACGUCACUAUAUGUUGGUGUAAACACAUACUGUUAUUGUACCAUUGUUAAAAAAAAACAUAAAUGUUGUCCAUGGUUAAUUAUUGAUGGUGUUAUAAUAUUAAGCCGCAUUUGCAGUGCAAAAGAGCUUGAGGAAAAAACUUUUGCAAAUACUUGAAUUUUGCUUUCGAGCACUUGCUAGUUAGAAUGGGAAUUGUACUUGUGCCUUAUGUUUCUGGGUGAAUGUGUUGGAAUGUCUGUGUUAUUGAUUGUUGUGAGGUGAGGUGCUUUGCUUUCAUGGCGUUUAACCAAAGUAAUCGGAAAAACCUUGGCCUAAGCACCACAGCUAUAUUUAUAGGCCUUGCUCAUGGCCAUCGUAAUUAAUAUGCAACAUAUCUUUGUAUCACUCUCUUUUAAUACUUUGUCCUUUAAAGUUGCGGCUGUGUAGGCCUCCGCCUUCACCAUUUUUUAUGUUAUCGAUUUAAAAAAAGAAAACUUUCUGGAAUUUUAGGUAAAAUGUCUUCAGUUUGGACAAUAAAACAUGAUUUCUUUCCAAUUAGGUUUUCUAAAGAAUAUUGCUGAAAGAGCUUUUUUAAUCGUUUGUUUUGGUUGACCGUCAACCACUAAUAUUGCUGUAUUUGGUAACAUAGCACCUCCUUUAAAAUAAAUCUGUUAUUGUCCGAAACAAAACCUAGCUGGCUAAUAUAAGUGUUAAAAAAUAUUUAAUUUCAUGUUGCCAUUUAUUUUGGUUUUGAUUGCCAUGAAUAUGGUUGGUUUUAAUUCAGUUGUGGUAUUAGGGUUGGGCCAUCUGCAGGAUACCUAGUUAUGCGCCUUCCUGCGAUGUCAAUGCUGUAGUGUGUUAGCUUAAAAUGCUUGGACUGAGAAGAUUGAGGCAAUGUAGUACAAAGGUUGUGCCACAAUUCUGAGGAAUUAUGGGUGCUUCAAUGUUUGCCGGAUUUUAAAUAAACGCAAGGCCGAAGACUGAUUCUGCUUCUUUGGUCUAUGUAUAAUUCUUUACUCUAAUGCCAAAUGCUUCCACUGGACUUGAUUAACAAGGACUCUUGCUUAACAAAUGUAUUGAUUUAAUUGAUUUGUAUGCUGAUGUUCCUCAAAACAUUGUCUUAAAGGUUAAGUGCAUAUCAUACACAAGUAGCUUGCUAAUAGGCUUGGGGUAUUUAGGCAGAGCUCAUGUGAUUAGGCUCCACAGAGUGAACCGUCUCCAGACCCCAGACCGACGGAGAAGCCUUUAUGGUCCGCAUGAGUAACUUCAAGGAGCGUGUUGCGGAAUUAUCCCUUUUGGUUUAACCCUCCGCCGUUUAACUGCCUAUUAAUACCGCAGGGAGACGUGGCGAUGGCUUGUCUUCCUUAACAGCGUUUUAAUUAAUUGUUUAUGCCUGGUUUAAUGAUGUAUAUUGUGGCCCUGUAAUGUGCCCUAAUGACGGAGAACGAGGCGGCCUCGGCUGAAGUAUUCAUUUGGACUGGCUCCCUGAUGAUUGCUUCUCUCCGCCACCAAGGCGGGCUGCCGCGGUACAACCGGGGCCUUCGCACAGCGUGAUUCAUGGAGGCUUUCCCUGGCUCUGCGGAGGCGCUGGCUUCCCACCCAUCAUCCUUAUGUAUGAAGCCCAUAUAUAUCCACCAGGAGGGUGCACAGCUGCAAUUAGUUUUUAUUUUGUAUUAUUAGUAUUAUUUCAGGACCUUACAGCGUGUGAUGAAUGUGUUGGAGAAUGUAUGGUAGGCUACAGAUGGAAAUGUUGCUCCUGACCCAUUAAUCAACCAGAUUAUACAUGGUUUGUUUUCUUUAUUUAUUUAUUUCUACUAUGU